AUGCAGAUGACCCACGAGGGAGUGUCUGGUGCCCAGUGGGAUCCUGUCAUCUCACCUACACUGGAUGAGGUGGACACUAGUGACUCAGGGGCCACUUCAUUGGCCGAGAGCUCAGAUUUUUCCACUUUGGAGAAUGAGGCACCCAUGGGCCACUCUGACAGAAACCCUAAAGCAAUGGGUCAGCACCUGGCUACACACUGUGGAAAGUCCACACCUGACUACACCUCCAGGCCCUCCCUGGGAGGGUGGGGAACAUCCACAGACUCUCAGAAUAGAAAUUCAGCACAGCCACCCCCACUACUAGCUUUCUCCAACCCAAUCCACUUCCUGCAGUUCAGCCCUCCAUCGCCACCAGCCAUCAGAACACUAUACCGACAGGAUGCAGUCUUCGAUGAGCCCCAGUGGGACCAGGCACAGGCAGGCCCCACCAGCAUGGAUACGAGGAACACAACAGCCCCUGCAGUGAUGAUCGAGAAAGCAGAGGGCGCUAGGACAUGCAAGCAAAAGAUGGAAGGGCAGGGAGAACCGCUUCACCUUGCGGCCCAGGUGAAAGAGGUGGCCGUCAAACAUGCAUUCUUGGAGAAGUCAUCAAGUUGGCCAGAUAAAAAAGUCAUCAGGGUGGACAUGAAGGAGCUGGGACUCAAUUCAGGGAGUCAGGAGAACGUGAUCAAACACCGAGCAAAAAGCAAAGACUGGCACCGGCAGGGCCUGAGGAAGAUGUCAGUACUGUCAGACAGCUUACAAGAGGAGGGAGCACACAAGGACCAGCCAACCAGCUUAGACACAGUUAUACGUCGGGAGAAGAAAUCUGCAGACACACUGGAUAAUUUCAAGCGCCGACACUCCAAACUGAUCAACUCCUCAAGGUUACUCUAUCAGGAAUACAGCGAUGUGGCUCUGAACAAAGCAAUCCAGAGCCAGAAGAGAGCAGAUUCUUUGGCAGAGGACUUCGAACUGAGCUCUCCAAGCUCCCCAAGGUUACGGAGGAAAGUGCUGUCUUCGCAGGACUCUUAUCUUCAACGUCUGUCAGUCUCAUCCAAUGCGUCCCUCUGGCAGGACAUCCCCAUGAUCCGAGGAAGCAGAAUGCUGCUGAACAUGUCCCGAGAUGAUCAGAAACUGCAGGAGGCCAAGUUCGAGUUGAUCCUGUCAGAGGCCUCAUACUUGCGCAGUUUAAAUGUGGCAGUGGAUCACUUCCAGGGCUCAUCAGAACUCCAGGCACUCCUCACCAAGCAGGAGCGCAAGUGGCUUUUCUCCCGCCUGCAGGAAGUGCGUGAUGUCAGUGCCAGUUUCCUCUUCGAGCUGGAGGAGAAGUUUGAGGAGAACAUGUUCAACUUUAACGUGUGUGACGUGGCUCUGAGACAUGCCCCUGCAUUCCGCAAGGUGUAUCUACCAUACGUGACAAAUCAGACCUACCAAGAGCAGAUUUUCCAGAGGCUAAUGCACAGAAAUGCAAAGUUCCAGCAAGUCCUGGAGAAACUGGAAAGUGCCAGUGUGUGCCAGCGCCUCUCCCUCAAAUCCUUCCUCAUUCUCCCCUUCCAACGCAUCACCCGACUCAAACUCCUCCUACAGAAUAUAUUGAAGAGAACCCCGCCCGAGUCGGAUGAAGAAGUGCAGGCCACACAGGCUUAUGAUGCACUGGAGAAGCUCAUAAAGGACUGCAACGAAAAUGUCCAGCGCAUGAAGAGCACUGAGGAAUUGAUCUACCUAAGACAAAAGAUUGAUUUUGAGUGCAAGAUAUUCCCACUGGUCUCGCAGUCUAGGCGGCUGGUGAAGUGUGGUGAGCUGAUGACUUUGGACGACAACACUCUGAGCCCCAAGUGGAAACUCACCACCCGCCACAUCUACCUGCACCUCUUCAAUGACUGCCUGCUCCUGUCCCGGCCCAGGGAGGGUGGGCGCUUUGUCGUGUUUGAUCAUGCUGCAUUUUCAGAUGUACGUGGGGAGAAGUGUGAGAUGAAGCUGCACGGGACAAACAAAAACCUUUUCCGCCUUUUUCUCCUUAAGAACAACCAAGGGAAAAGCGUGCAAUUCCUCUUUCGUACAGAGACACACAGUGAGAAGCUGCGGUGGAUCUCCGCUCUGGCGCCACCACGAGGAGAACCGGAUCUCUUAGAAAACCCUGACUCACCUCAGGUUCAGUGCAUACGGACAUACAAAGCUCGGGAGAAUGACGAGCUGGCUCUGGAGAAAGCAGAUAUCAUCAUGGUCAUGCAGAACAGCAACGACGGCUGGAUGGAAGGAGUGAAACUCUCAGAUGGAGAGAGAGGCUGGUUUCCCUCAGAGCAUGUGGAAAUAAUCUCCAGCAAACACGCACGCCAGAUGAACCUGAAGGAGGAACAGCGUGUGAAGAAUGCCAAACAGCAGGUCUUCUGCAAGAAAUAGGAUUCUCCACUUCCUGUUGCAAACUGUACAGUCUCUCUGGUAUGGAGAAACCUGACUUAAGAAAUCCUCUCUCUACCACAUUCUGGAAGAAACAACUCUGCAGAAAUAAAAAAUGAGCACUUAAUACUGUCAGACAAAGUGCUUCUACUAAAGAAAGCAGGAAUUCAGCCAGGAGUAAAUAAAUUCACUUCUACCGCCUCUGUAGUCAUGGUGAGACCAAGGAAGGAAAAGAAGCUGCAUAUAUUGCUUGCUUUGUAGUAGUAGGGAGGGAAUAUAAGAGAGCAGAGGACUGGGACUCAGGACUCUUGGAAAUCUGUGCCUGAUUUUGCCACUGACAAGAUGUGUGACCCUGGGCAAGUCACUUCCGAACUCUGCCUCAGUUUCCCCAUCUGUAAAACGGGGAUAAUACUUACCUACCUCACGGGAUGUUGUGAGGCUAAAUUCAUUCAUAUUUGUAAAGCGCUUUGAGUUCCUGAGAAGAAAGGCACUAUAGUCAUGUAAAGCACACUGUAGUUAAGGUUGAGAAGAGCUUUUCAUUUCAACCUCUUCUUAGGGUUCUUUAAGUGGUUUUAAUUUCCCAAAUAUUUUCAUUUAAGAUAAUAUAUAAUGGACCAAAUUUUCUGUUGAUGUAAGUGGGUACAAUUCCAGUAACUUCAAAGGCGUUCCACACUUUUAUACCAGCUCAGUUUAACCCAGAGUCUCAGCAAAAGAUAAGGUUUAGAUAGUAUGAGAAAAAUCCAUUAGAGUUAGGUAAGCAUGGGGAAAGAAAUUUUUCCCUCUAAAAUGUUUUUCCAGACCUUCUUUUGGAAAAAUUUUCAAAAACGAUUAGUGAUUUUUGGGCGCUCAACCUGAGAUACUUUGAAGGAGCCUGAGUUUCAGGAAGUUCUGGUCACCUGCCUUUGGAAAACAGUGUCCCAUAAUCACUAGUCACUUUUGAAACUCUUGACCAAGGUUAUGUUUUACAUGUUGGCAUAUGCUCUGUAUUUAAAUUUAGUUGUUCUUGAAUGGCAGGAAAGUGGAACUGCACUGCGUAUGCUUAAUCUAUUAUAGCAGAUGUGAUGCAACACGCAACAUUUUGCACAAUUAUAAAACAUAAGGAAAUCUAUAAACUAUAGAUAUUUUUAAGCAAAACAUGUAACUGCAGUUUGUUAAGGUUCCAUUUCUGUGCAGUCAUCAGGUUUUAAGUGCAGCUUAUGUGCAGAAUCUAUCCACUGGAGAACACUGCUUCAAACUGUAAAAUAUUUUUUCUUCUGUAUUAAACAAAGGAGGAUUUUUGCCUGUAAUUAUGCUAAGACAACAUCAAGGUUGAGAAUUUAAACACAGCAAAGUACGAAAGCAACACAUGUAACCUUCUUGCUUCUAACGUAUUUGAAGAAUUAUUGACCUUUGUAUCUCUGGAUCUUUGUAAUAUCCUUUUGAUUUCCCUGGCAUAGUUUGUUCCAGCCUAUUUAUGCCAGUCAUUUGAACUGGAUUUACAUUUUUUUUAACCUAAUAAACUUAUGCACUUCUCCAGUUAGGAUAUAUAGGUUUACCUGUUCCGUUGCAGUUAGCUUAGCUUAUCUUUUUAUAGGAACAUAAGCUCUGUGCCUGUAACAGUUGCCAACAUUUGAACACUCCCCUCACCCCCCAAAACUAAUUUUUCAUAUACGACGACCCUCCCACAUCAUUUCAGCUGGGUAAGACUUCGCUUUUUUUCUCUGCAUUGACAUCUUUCUUCACUUCUACAGCAGCCAUGGCAUAGAACAUUACAUGGUGUAGUUAGAAUGAAAUGACUGCCCCUCUAACCUCCAUACCACAUGCAUCAUCUGUCACCAGUAUACCAAGGUGACCUGGGAGGAUGAUCUAUUGAGAGAGGACAUUUAGUAUACACCAUACUGAUACUGAAGGACAAGAUGGUUAUGAUGUCCUGCUAGCCAUUCAAAAGACUGGUCCACAGACUGUACAGUGCCUCCUUAGAGAGAACUAAAACUGAUCCUAGGUCCACUUUUAACAGCUGAAAUCAGUGCUUGGAAAGGGGGUAAAGGUGAGUCCUAACUUCAAACCAAAGGUAAUGACAGACUAACAAAGGUAAUCCUCAGCCACCCACCUAAACUUCUAUCAUAGUCCAAACACAAGAUUCCAAACUACAUGCCAUGAUUUCAUUUGUACCAUGUAUGCAUCUGGGACAAACUCAUGGUUGUCAUGAGUUCCUGAGUCACCUUUACGGAGUGAAGUUACUCAAGAGAAUAAGCCUGCAUGAAAACUCUCAAGUCAGUCUGAGAUUCAGUCAUGCAGCUAUUUCAACUUUAAACUUGUCCCAGGAAUGCAAAGUUAUCAAGUCUGUUUCUGAGGGGGGGGGGGAAGGUUGUAGGAACAUAGGAAUUGUCAUGUGAGAUCAGACCCAUGAUCCAUCUAGUGCAGUACCCUGUCUGACAGUGAUUAGUACCAGAUAUUUCAGAGAAAGAUACAAGAAACCCUGCAACAAGAAACUUUGAAACAAAUCUGUCCAUAGGACAGUUCAUUUGUUACCUCUAGCAGGUAAAGACUGGCAUAAACCUCUAAGCAUGAGGCUUACCCCUUCUAAAAAAAUAAAGUUU